ACAAUGACUCAACGCAUGGAGUCUGCCAUAAAGAGGAACGAUCUCAUAGAUAUUCUUAUCGAACUAAAGAAAAAUUACGGUCAGCAGGAUAUGGGAGAAUUCAAAUUUGAUGAUGACGAUAUAGUAGCGCAAGCAGUCAUCUUUUUUACCGGUGGUUAUGAAACUUCUUCGACGGCAAUGGCUUUUGCUUUGUACGAACUCGCAAUACAGCCAGAGAUUCAGGAUAAACUUAGGAAGGAGAUUCAUAAUGCGCUCAACGAAAGCGAUAACAAGAUCACAUAUAACAUGGUAAGUGAAAACGCGAUACAUGUGUUAUUGCUUGCUAUCAAAGAAUUAUUAUAACGAACGAGAUACAAAUAAUAUCAAUAUAAUCGUCAAGUUAUACUCUUUUCCUUAAAAUAUUUACCAUAUUCAUGAUUGAAUCUUACAUUAAGUUUAUGUAUUUGAAGAUCUCGAUUUAUCCGACUAUUGUAGACAUAUUUGAUAUAU